AUGGCAGGCCUCGAUUCAAACAAGACUGCAGAGACUGGGUCUCGGGUCUUGACUUCCGCAUCAUUCUCAGAGCUGUCCAAGGAUAUUCUGAACGCCACUUUCUACAACAUUAUACACGACAUCGUGGCAAAAGUACACCGAGAUGAGAAACUCGCGAGGAUGAGAUCUGCCGUCGUGCUAGCAAGACAAAAAGCUGAAGCCGAAGCCGAGGCGGGAGGUGUUCCGGAGAAGAAGGUACAAGUAGAAACAGAAGGUGCUAUCUGUGAAAAUGGCAAGGUAUACCUCAAGGGCAAUCCGCUUGUUACAACCAAAGAGAUUGUUUGUCCGUUUUGCCGGCUACCGCGUCUAUUAUAUCCAACCAUGGGAGUCGGUGCUCGUCCACCUCCAGACCCGUCAAAAGAAUAUUGCACAAAACAUCCUUUAGUCAGCAGACCUGGAUACGACGUUCAUGGUAAUCCUUUUGCUACCGACAAAACGAAAAAGAAGAAGAAAAAUACCAAUACCAACACUCCGAUAUCUAGCCCACCGUCAACUCCGGAUGCAAACGGCUCAUCCAAACAGAACGCACCCGAUUACCCAACGAUUAAAUGUCCCAAUUGUCCACGCUACUGUCAAACAAACAGAGUAUCAGCACAUCUUGAUCGUUGUAUGGGCAUAUCAGGUCGUGCAGCCGCCAGAAAUCGUGAAGGAGGUUCGGCCACACCCACAACUUCAGGACCACCCAAGCGCCCGUUUCCAGACGAUGAUGCUGCGCCUAUGAAUUUCAAAAAGAAGAAACCCAAUACCCCAAAAAAGCUGGGGACUAGUAAACCGGCACCUCCAAGCAAAUUGAAGAAAGCAGCCACGCCAGACACAAUGCUGGCGGAAGAAGCUGCGGAGGCGGCUGAGGCAGCAGAAGCCGCUGAAUCCGCAGAAUCAUUUCAUGACCCUUCAGUUGAUGGCGAGGAAAAACUCGAGUCUUGA